GCAAUUUUAGUCGUCUUGUAUUAAAUUAUAUUUUAACUUUUACACGAAAAUAUCGUGUUUAAGCACCAAUGUAUGCACAUUUAACAAAUCAAAGAUCGGACGGGUUUAGAGUUCCACCAUAUCUUUAAUUCUGUUUUACUUGAAAUUCAACUCGAUAUCAUGAUAAAAUGACAUUAUACAUUCCAUUUAAACAUUGCGCAUAGUAUCACUGUACAGCACUCAGGUUCGAGUUCAACUACUAUCACCGAACGCGUGGUGUGUCAUUCAAGCGGAACAUUAAGGGAGAUAAGCGAUAUGAGAAGAUAGCGAUGUAAACGUGUUAUUGUGCACAUGGUUUAUCCGUACAGAUAACAGCGAUAGUAUUUCAUCGAGAGGUAAGUGUCUUUACCCAUUGUUAGCAUACCUUUCGCUUUUAAUAUGAGGCAGUUGGAACACAAUUAUUCUGCAUCAAUAUGCAGUGAAAUAACUGGCUUCAUUCGAACAAUCAACUCUCGAUCAAUACUGUGUUGCAUCAGGGUUCAGUACACUACGACGGAUAAGAAUGGAAGAAACAUUUGAUGUCAUCAUCAUAGGGGGGCGGAGUCGUUGGAUGCGCAUGCGUAUUCGAGUUAACGUCACGUGGCUAUUUAUGUCUACUGUUGGAAAAGAACGAGCACCUUGCUGCAGAAGCAAGCUCGGGAAACAGCUUGAAAGGUUUCCACAAAUAGUUGCCAACUCAAACGCCGCCAAAUGCACGACCAUACGGGAACUUAGCUGCUCAGAACUGUACAGAAGGGAACCAAACAUCACUUCCGGGGCGCUAGGCGGUCUCUGGAUUCCGGGCAAAGCAGUCACCGACCCGUGGCUGUUUCCGGUCCUGCUCGCUAACGAUGCGCGUAAGAAAGGCGCACGCAUUUUACUUCGAUCACGUGUUUCCAGCGUAGUCAGGAACACCGAGAAGUGGAUCGUGGAAACCACACGUGGAACAUUCUAUUCAAAAUGCGUUGUGAACUGCGCCGGUCUCUAUGGCGACAUAGUUAACAUUUUGGCUGGAAAAUCGGAAUUUAGGAUCUUGCCACGAAAAGGUCAGUACACAGUGUACUCAAAAUCAGCGAUGAACCUGCUAAACUCCAGCAUACUUCCGGUACCGAGUGACGUCACGAAAGGCGUCAUAGUUUUCCGUUCAGUCUAUGACAACGUAAUCAUCGGGCCGACAGCAGAGAAUGUUGACAUCAGACAACAAGCACCCGUGGAUGAAUCCAUUCGUCUGCGUCUCACAGAGAUUGCCGCCAAAGUGGUGCGAGAACUGCCCUCACAUCCGGUGGUCUCUCUGUACACAGGAGUCAGACCCGCCACUGAUGUCAAGGAUUACAUCAUAUCCGCCGAGACAGACAGAAACUAGAUAACAGUCGGUGGCAUUCGCUGUACCGGUCUAUCGGGCUCACUCGGUAUCGCAGAAAAGGUACACAGUCUGGUGAAAACGAGUCUGAACAUCGAACCAGACAGAGGUCAAAGUUUAUUUAUUUCUAAACCGGAUGUGUCGUUUACCAGACAUGGCUCAGCCAUUGUUGAUGGUGUUGAACAUUUUAUUACUCAUCCUUUGACUUUCGCUGGAAGAACGGAGUAUGCCGCAAAUUCCAGAAUGUAAAUGACCACUAUAUUACUAUUGUUUUGGUAAUAUCAUUUUAAAUAAAUCGUCAACAGUG